AUGGGUAAAAUAGAGUACACAAAUGUUGUUCCAGACCCCAAGAAAUCUUGUGGUCCCUACAAACCGAAACCUUUCCCGCCCCCGCAACCAGCUGUGGGCAAACAACAACAGCUGUCGGAGGAUAAAUAUAAACAGAUCAGCUCCCACAACCACGAUACUAUAGGUAUGAUAGUAGUUGACAGCCAGGGCAAUGUUGCUGGAGGUACCUCAACUAAUGGCCUCAACCAUAAAAUUCCUGGGCGAGUAGGAGAUUCUCCAAUAGCCGGUGCCGGAAGCUACGUCGACAACGAUGUAGGCGGGGCAGCAGCCACGGGCGAUGGUGACGUCAUGAUGAGGUUCCUUCCUAGCUUUUACGCGGUUACCCUUAUGAAGACCGGCGUCUCCCCAUCCGUAGCAACGUCUGAAGCCAUAAAAAGCAUUAUCCGGUUUUAUCCCGACUUCAUUGGAGCUGUUGUCGCUGUGAACACUCAGGGCCAACACGGAGCGGCGUGUCACGGGAUACCCAAAUUCCCUUACUCCAUAAUGAGCCCGAAUUAUACCUCGGUUACCGUCAUAGAAGUCCCAUGUUUUAACUGA